AUGGAAGACGAGCCGCAAGACGCACCAGCCCACGUGGCCGUCGAGGCGCCCACCUUCAAGGCGCCGCGCAUGGUGUCGCGCCCCAAGCCGCAGCAACAGCAGGAGGAGGAGAUAGGCUCAGAGCUCAAGCUGGGCGACUUCGAGGGCGAGCAGCCGCUGUCGAUAUCCGAGGCGCGCGCCGUCGUCACAGCCGUGCACGAGAAGCGGAAAGUGAAGGCUGCUGAAGGCCACGGUGUGCUCGGCGACAGGACGCACAACGACAGCCAGUCCAUACAGCAGUUCGUCGACUACCUCGAGAUGUUCGCGCGCUACAAGGAGCUCAACAACCUGACUGCCAUGGGCGGUGUGCUCGACGCAAACCCGCAGUUCUCCAUGGCAGAGCGCGCUAUGCUCGGCUCCCUCUGCUGCGACACAGCCGACGAGGCGAAGACGCUGAUCCCGUCGCUGGCUUCCAAGAUGGACGACGAGUCCUUGCAGCCGGUGCUGGACGAGCUGCAGAAAUACCAGGAUCGCUUAACCAUGUGA